AUGCGCACAACGUUUACCGCACGACGCCCACCAAAAAAGGCGUUGCUGCUCUCGGCUUGGUUGGCUUUGGCUUGGUGCACUCUGUUCACUAGAGUUUGUGCUGCCGAGUACGACGAGUAUGAGACAACGAUCGAGUAUCGGGAGCGAAUUCGAAGGCACUACACAUCACCACGAUACACGAGAGAAAUCGAAGAGGCGCCUACUGAAGUUAUCGACUUUCAUCAAAGAUUACGAACACCAAAAAGCGUGCUUGAUCCGGAGAGACCAAUAGAUGUACCACCAAAAUUGGUGACUGAGGAUCAUCCAAUCUACAUGGUGAUUCCAUUGCCGAGCACUGAUGAUAUAUCUGCUGGGAGAAAUCCUUUCCGACUCAGCAUUCCACUCGUUGAGCCAAUAGUCGAUCUUGCUGUUGAGUCUGUCUAUAAACAGCAGCUUGUCCAACGGAACUCUAUUCGAGUCAUUUACAAAGAUUCUCAAAUGUCGGAUGCUCAUGGACCGAAUGUGGCUAUCGAUAUGCUCGUGCAGAACAAAUUGGACGUGAUCAUCGGCUACGCUUAUGUAUAUGCUUUGGCACCAGUUGCUCGAAUGGCACCAUUCUGGCGGGACAUUGAUUCGAAUGGGAUCCCGGUGAUCACCCCAAUCGGACUCACUGGGAAUCUUGAUGACAAAAAGGAGUACUCGAUGAUGACAAGGAUCAAUUCACCGUAUAAAAACUUUCGUCAAAGCGUCGAGAAGCUUUGGGAUGCGUACAAUUGGACGACUACCGUUUUCAUCUAUCACGAUCGAAGAUUUGGCUCGGAUCUCUCGCAACCGUCGGGUGAAUGCUACCUCUUGCUGACGACGGUGAAGAUUUUCUUUAAAAAGCGGGUCGAAGCGCCGCUCGUUCACAACUAUUUUGUCUUCAACGAGCACCGAUCGACCAGGAAAGAUUUCAAUGACUACCUCAAGCAGAGUUCAAUGCUCAGCAAUAGUGAGUUUUGCUUUAAAAUAUUGUUU